CCCAACUCAUCUCUGUGUCUGAUAUCUAUACGGUGCAGUACCCAGUACGGUGUCGUGACACGAAUGGAGUUUGUCCGUUGUGUGAGGUUGUGUGUCAUUUCUAUUUUAUUGUAGAAGAUAAGGCGAUAAGACCUUUAACAGCAUUGCGAAGACCACCAUGGCUCGGUUGCCAAGGCUGUUGGGCUACCUGCUGGCAUUAAUAUCAAUCAGCUAUGCCCAGAAUGUUUACUAUGGAGAAAUGAAAUAUCAGUGUCCACAGUAUUGGAUAAGAUUUCAAGAGUCCUGCUAUCGGUUUAUUAAAAGUCCAAUAAGGGAGAGAGAUGAUGCUCGUAGAAACUGUCAAGCCUAUCAGAGUGAUUUAGUGUCUAUUAACUCUCCUGAGGAACAUGGUUUUUUACUCUACCAAUUACUUUGGCAAGAUCCUCAGCAUCGUAAAUGGUAUACCAGUGCAAGAUCUCAGAGUGGUUAUUGGUCUAAUGAAGCAGAUGGUUCUCAACUUAACAAUAUGGAGAAUGCAUUCUUACCAGAACCUAAUGAUGGUGUUCUUGGAAGAGAUUACUUAGCUUACUCAUUCAGUAACAGUCUGAAACGUUGGGGUUUGGAGAGAGUUACAGGCAACGAAAAGCUUCUUUAUAUUUGUGAAGCGCCAAUUACCAUUUUACAUAAUCUGGCUGAAGAUGACCGUACUUACCAAUAUGGUAUUGAAAUUGAUAAUCCUCUACGUAUACCCAGAGGUCCGUAUUUCAUAAAUCAGCCCAAAAGCAAAGUUUUUGAUGUAUCCAAGCGAAGAAUCAAUAAUGACGUGGCUCUGAGUUGUCUUGCCGGUGGAUAUCCAACGCCAACUUAUGAGUGGUUUAAAGAAAACUAUGUAAAAGAUAGAUUAGUAGCAGUUAGAAUUGAUCCAUUAUCAGACAGUAGAUAUACUUUAAGUGGUGGCACCUUAAUUAUCCACAAACCAGAGCAGGGCUCAGAUCAUGGUUCAUAUCAUUGCAAAGCAAGCAAUGAAUUCGGUACAAUUAUAUCUGAAAGUGUAGAGCUUUCAUUUGGCUAUAUUAUGGAAUUUAAUUUGAAACGUUCUGCUGAGAGUGGUGAUCAAAAUUGGGGUAAAGCCGUCUACUGCGAUCCACCAAAACAUUUUCCUGGAGUAAAAUAUUAUUGGACCCGUGAUUACUUCCCUAAUUUCGUCGAGGAGGACAAACGUGUGUUUGUAUCCUAUGACGGUGCGCUAUACUUUUCUGCAUUGGAAACAAUUGACAGAGGAAAUUACUCUUGCAAUGUACAGAACGUAGCGUCGGAUACUGGUCGCAAUGGACCAUUCUUCUCACUUCAUGUAAAUGCUCACUCAUCCUUCCAGCAGCUGAAGUUUCCUAAUAACUUUCCAAAAGCAUUUCCGGAUGCUCCUGUCGCUGGAGAAGAAGUAAGACUGGAAUGUAUAGCUUUUGGAUAUCCUGUACCUUCAUACAAUUGGACAAGAAAAGGAGCUGCUCUGCCACGGAGUGCCAUAACAAUGAAUUAUAACAGAGUACUUAUAAUUCCACGUGUACAAGUUGAGGAUCAGGGAGAAUAUGUCUGCAGAGUAAAUAACGACAGAGUCUCCAUUGAAAAUUCUGUGGGCUUAACUAUACAAGCUGCGCCGAAUUUCACUAUUCCACUUAUCGACAAACACAUGGACAAUAAAGGAGAGUUAACGUGGACCUGUGAGGCUUUUGGUAUUCCCGACGUCUCUUAUAGUUGGUUCAGAAAUGGCGAAGUGUUAGACAUGUUCACGCUUCCGCCGGAAGAUAGAGAUCGCUAUUUUAUUCAAGACAACGUAUUGACAAUAAGAAAUCUAGAUCCUGAAAGAGAUCAGGCUAUGUAUCAGUGUCGUGCUAGCAAUCAAUUAAAGGCUAAAUAUUCUUCAGGGCAAUUGCGAGUUUUGUCGUUAAAACCGUCAUUCAAAAAGCGACCAAUGGAAUCUGAAACGUAUGCAGCCGAGGGUGGAAAUGUAACAAUAGCCUGUAACCCUGAAGCAGCACCAAAACCAAAGUUCGUAUGGAAAAAAGACGGAAAUGUAAUUGGUGAUGGAGGAAGAAGAAAAAUUCUAGAUACAGGAAGUUUGAUAAUUAGCCCAGUAUCACGAGAUGACGAAGGAACGUAUGUGUGCACAGCAUCAAAUCAAUACGGGAACGACGAGACUCGUGGCCGAUUAAUAGUGUUACGUGGGCCAAGAUUUAUACAGACCUUACGUCCAAAUGUCGUCACAGCUAUAAUGUACAAUCAGACAUUGCGAUGCCAGGCAGAAUCCGAUGAGAUGUUAGACGUAGCCUAUAUCUGGACUCAUAAUGGUAUGCGCAUUCGCGACAGGGAUCUGCGAAAUAACCCGCGAAUAAAAAUCGAUGCCGGAGUAUUAGACAUUAUAAACGCAACCUUCGCCGAAGCUGGGGAAUACGAGUGUAUUAUAAAAAGUGCAGUUGGUAGAAUAUCAAGUAGGACCUUCGUCACCGUGGAAGGUCCUCCUGGACCACCUGGUGGUGUCCAGGUUGUAAAUGUUGUUAAAACCUCAGCUACAUUACGAUGGACUGAUGGUUAUCAUAAUGGCAGACCUAUAACAAUGUACAAUAUCGGUGCAAGAACAAAUUGGAAUCAUACUUGGUUUAAUAUAACAGAAAACAUUACAGCAAUCCCGAUAGACAGGUACAAUGGCCGAAAAGAAGCGACCAUUGAAAACGUCUUGAAUCCUUAUACAACAUAUGAAUUUCGAGUAUCCGCCUUCAAUGAAUUAGGUUUUGGUUCACCAUCACUACCGUCACCUCAGUACAGUACACCUUCUGAUAAACCAAGUAAAGCCCCAUCGAAUAUCGGUGGUGGUGGUGGCAAGAGCGGUGACCUUACAGUCGUUUGGGAUCCUCUGAAGCCAUCCGAACAAAAUGGUCCUGGAAUUUAUUACAAAGUCUUCUGGCGCAGAAAGCGACACGAAACGGAAUUCCAAUCAGCGGAACUUAAGGAAUAUGGCAACGUGGGCAAAUAUGUAGUACAAAUACAAGAUCGAUAUUAUUACACAGAAUACGAGGUCCGAGUUCAGGCUGUGAACGAUAUUGGUUAUGGACCCAUUUCUGACACGGUCACCAUCUUCAGCGCUGAAAAUAAGCCGCAAGUGAUUCCACGAAGAGUAUACGUUGAUAGCUUCAACAGUACAAGCUUGAACGUCAGUUGGACUCCAGUUUCGGAGAGCCGGGAAACGGUUCGCGGCAAACUUAUUGGAUACAGAAUUAAAUACUGGAAGGAAAGUAAUAAUGAGACAAGUGCAGUAUAUUAUUUGUCUCGUACCACAAGACCUUGGUCUCUUGUGGUCGGUCUUCAUCCAGAUACUUAUUAUCGCGUUAAGGUAAUGGCGUAUAAUUCAGCUGGUGAAGGACCUGAGAGCGACCAUGUCCGGCAGAGGACGUAUCGCAAAGCUCCUCAGAAACCGCCAUUGUCUGUCAAUGUCUAUGGAAUCAAUCCUUCCACUGUGCGUGUCAUUUGGCGCUAUGUUCAGCCUAGUCUGGAAGAAGAACCACUCCUUGGAUAUAAAAUACGUGUCUGGGAAGUGGAUCAGGAUAUGAGUACUGCUAAUGACACUAUCAUACCUGGUGGUUCUAAACUCCAAGCGGAUAUAACGAAUCUUAGUCCUGGCAAGGCUUAUCACUUGCGAGUACUUGCUUUCAGCAAUGGCGGUGAUGGACGUAUGUCUAGUCCUGCUCAUACUUUCCAAAUGGGUGACAUUGACGCGUAUCGUAGCAGCUCCAGUAAGAAGAUAUUAGACGCUGGCUUAGGUAUAUCUUUAAUAAUAUUGUUACGGCUUCUUUCUUACUCGUAAACUGACGAAAUCAUCACUGCAGAACAUAGACAGUUAGUCACAUCGUGGUUACACAUUGUCAUUUCUUCUACAUACUUCUUCGAAGUGCAUUACGUAGAGCGAGAAGAUAUUUACAAAUUUUUUAACUAAAUUUUAUGCUGCCAAUUUUAGAAAUCAUGUCACUUUUUUCACUUUGCUUUGAAUCCAGGUCAGUGUGACUACAUAGUUAAGGAUAAGCCUAAGUGUUCUUACCUUACCGAUAUCAAUAAUUGUAGAUACAACAAAUAACAAUAAUCUGGUUCAUUCGAAAGGAAAUAUUAUUAAGAGACAAGUAGAAUUUUAUCUAGUAAUAUAUGUAUUUUCUACACACACCUUAUAUAUUAAUGUAUAUUUAACAGAGUGAUCGAACGCGAAAUAACUUAAAAUACGUCAAUUACAUAUUGCAACAUUCCAAAACAACAAGCAUGUCGUCUGACAAAUCCUAAUUCUAAUGCAAUAUUCUCGCACGUCAGUAUGGUAGGUGUGUCGAUUAAUUUUUUGAUUAUUAUAGAUUUAUCAUAUGCAAGAAUGCCAAACGUAUAUCUAAUAAUACAUAAAUUUUAAGUACAAUAUCUUUUACCUUCAUACGUUCUGACAUACAUAUAUAUAUGUAUAAAGUUUUCUGCACCAUUGCCUGUGCUUUUCAUAUCCUUUUUAUUGAUCAACAAUAUUUGCAACUAUGGACAAUAGAUAUAUGCAUUGUAUGAUAAUGUGAAUAGAAAAAAUACGUAUAGCGCAGUUGUAUUUUUCAUCUAAAAGACCAGGGACUGUGAAAUGCCUGAAAAUAUUAGGAAUGUGUAAACAUAUAUAAAGCGAAUAUUCGUGUUGAUCUUGACAUUGCGAAUUAAUAAUUUAAAAAAAUGACAGUGAGCACUCACUAAGGUAUUUUAAUCAACAAUUUUAUUUCUCGGGCUGUAUUUUUCGCGUGAGCCAGAUAAAUUUUUAUUUUGACAUUCUCUUUGCUCUAUAUUAAUGAUAGUAAGCGAAUUCAUAGAUGAUGAUUUAAUUAUGUUUACCUAGUUACUUAGUUCUGUGUACUUUCGAAUGUAAGUCAUAUUAUUUUUAAUUCUCUUAAUGCUACUAUCACUCGAUGACUCCAUGUUGUGUAGCAUAAAUUUCCGUCCAUUUGUGCCUGGGUAAAUGAGUGGUUGCGAUUGGUAUAAUGUUAACGAGAUUAUUAUUUUUUUAUUUCUCUCACAAUGCAUUCUCGACAGGAAUUAUAUAUACAUCUGUUGUAAAUCAUUUUUUUUAAUUUGAAAGAAUCUCAUAUUUAGAAAUAAACGUUGUGAACAUUCAUUUAUCAUAUCGCACCAUUACCCUGGUAUCGUACACUUAGCUCGAUAUAAAAGAAUUUGCGUUAUACAAUAUAACAAAUUUAUAUAUUUUAAGUAUUUUUUUUACAAAUUCCAACUUUUCUCUUUUAUCAAUAUAAGGAGAUCGAUUUUUAUUGCUUAUAUUCUUGUAACUGAAAUCAAAUACAAAAAUAAAAUAUACAAUAAAUUUUCUACGACAA